CGUCGCUCCUCCCUCCGUCCUUUCCGUCCCAUCCGCUCUCCCACACCCCCAUGGAUACCCCCUUCGCGCCACUCGCAACCGUUCCCCGCGAGAUCUGGGAGCACAUCGCCCACUACACCGCCCUCCUUCAUCCCACAGGCCGCCUCUCUGCCCUCAUCCCCUUGCUUUCUACUUGCAAGUUUCUUUACCACAACCUCUGCUUCGACAACAACAAGGCCUUGUAUGCCCGCAUUUUCGACGGAAUGUUCGACCCCGACGCUGCCCACCGCCGCAUGGGGGACAAAGCGAUCCGCUCCCGCAACCUCGCGUCCCAGUUGCGCCUCUACUGCGAGGCCCUCAACCGCAUUCGUCUCGGCGACAUCCACUCUCCCUCUCUUAUCAACGAUUUCUGGACUGCCUACUUCAUGUGUGUGGAGAACGAUGGUCGCAAUAUCGUCCAGCUGAGGGAGGCUGGUAUGCCUCAGCUUGUCGAAAGGUUCGUCUCCGAGAGGCUAUGGGAGAAUCCCGUCAACGGUUGGCCCGUCGAAUCACCCAUCAACUCGCUUGCGCUAUGGAUACUGUGGUGCAUGACCACUCCAGAGUCUCUCGCCGCCGAAAGUCAAGCAACCCGUCAGAACCUCAUCUCUCGCAUCCUGCCCUUUGUCGUGAUGGCCUUCAAGUACCAAUCAUUCUAUGCCCCCGACAACCACUUCCAUCUCCCCCUUCCCGAAGAUUGGCAACGUGAAAACCUCGAAUCAAUACAGACCGCACAUGGCCGCUGGCCCCUUUAUCGCGACGCCAACCAAUCGAUCCAUACCUGCACACACUACGGCUCCACCAUUCGUGUAUGUCCCCCUCCCAUCACCGCACCGGCGAAGCUCCUCUACUUCGCCCGUCGCGAGAUGACCCCGCUUGGUAUUCCGCCUGGUAUGCCUAUUGACCGCGCCGACGCGAUCGCGCGCGGUAUCCUGCGCGGGCCCACCCAGGCCGACGUCAUAGAGGUCAAUUCCCACCGGGGAGCCAAGUGCAUUCUGCCGACGGACUGGGAUUGGAAGGCGAAGCUGACGCCGGAAGAACUUAAGCUCGAGGAGGAAGGUAUAUGGACACGGGAGCUCAAGGCCCCGAGCGCCGCGUGGGACAACGAAUGGGAGCGGAUCGUGUACUGUGGAGAUCCAUGGAGCCAGCCUGAGCUUAAAGGUGUGUUGUACACAUUCGGCGCCUUGAAUGGGCUUUGGCAGGGUAGAUUACUGGUCCCAGAAGAGAACGGCUAUGUCGGCCUAGUCGGCGCGCGCGAAUAUCCUCCUGGAUUCAGCGAACAGUCUCCAUUCUCGUCUACCUGGCCCGUCUUCAUGCGCCUCCGCGAGCACCACUGCAUCAGCCCCGCUAUUCCCGCUUUGGCCGGCCAUAAUCCAAACGACGCGAUCGACGACGGUAUUCGAAACGGCUGGUUCCCCUCCGUGGAGAUACGAGAAUCCGGGGGCAAGGUGACGAUCCAAGACCGUUCCGAGGGCGUGGCCUCGGAAUAUGAGACGUUCGUCGAAGGCCGCCCAAAUUCGCACAACGAGGAGAAGUGUCACAUUUGUGUCAACAACACCGCCUUGCGCGAAGAGGAGCUACAGCAGCGUGUGCAUGCGAAUCGCGCGCGUGCGGAGCAGGCUGACAAGCUGCCACGACACGAGGACUACGAAGAAGAUUUUGCGAUGGUAGACUUGGCCCGCAGUGACAGUCGCUACGGGUCAGAUGACGAGGACACGUACGAGGCAAAGUGCUCCGGGAUACAGGAUAUCAUUUUCACCGGCGAGACCGAUCCUGCACAUGGAAUGGCCUGGGGAAAUUUCUCGUUUCUCGGACGCGUGCGGCCUUGGGACGGCCUCAUCGCGCUGGUGCGCGUUCCUUUGGGCCCACCUGUGGCUCAGGUCGGCCGCCCACGAUGGGUGUUCCGAGGGCAUCUGUACUAUGGCCAGGUCCUGGUGGGCAGCUGGCGUGGUAUGACCACGAGCGUCACCUCGAUUCCUUGGGAGGGCCCGUUCGUCAUGUCCAAGCGCGCUUGAUAUGCUCACGCAAUUUUUGUUUUUGACGAAGCUAUAUACUGAACAUUUACCCUGCAUUUUCUCUCACAAUCUACGACUCCAUCUCUUUCACGUCGAUGCAUCUUUGUUUCUAUCACCAAAAUGCUCACGCUCAUCUCCCCGUUUUCUACCGACUUAGAUAUUGUACAACGCGGCUACAUGUGGCUUCUUUCCAUCUCUCCUCAGGGAUUCCUUGUAUUCUUUACCCGAUGGACGGCACUGGAUCUGGUCUGACUCUCGUAUUGUAUUUUUCAGGAUAUCUAUACUGCUCCAUCUGCGCGCUCGAGAUAUCGAUGCCUCCGCAUUAUUUUGUGCUACAGCCCCUUCCUCCCAUAUAUCCUGCUACUGUAUUCCUAAUGUACGGGGUACCCGCGUUCUUCUCGUG